CGUCGUCGCCGUUGGAUACCUUAUCGCGCGCGCCAUUCGCGACUGGUUCGUAACGCGUACGGACGUGGUUUAUGAGUGCUCCCGCCGGGGAAAGGUCGUCGUCGUCUAGUUUCGGUGUUUAGUCCGGGAAUUUGGCAGUGGACAUCGAAGGGAUUUACUGGAUGCUGAGUCGGUACCGUGCGUAGAUUCCGGUACAUUACACGAAACGACCUGCCUGAAGUGCGUGGAUGAUGCAGAGCGGUAAGCCCGUGCGGAGUUUAACCAAGCGCUAGAAGAGCGUAGAAGAGCUGGCCAUCGGCGCUUAUCAAACGUUCGUACGAUUGCUUUGAAGAGCUCAGAAGAAGCGAGAAAAAAAAAACUGCUUGCGAAAUUGGAAUUUAAGUGAGAUUGUGCAAGUCGACAUCGGGCGGAGAAUCGAUUGCGGUGGUAACCGCCUGAAAUUAUGGGUUUUGUGAAGUAGGGUGCACGCAAAUGUAAGCCAAAUGUGAUAAGAAGAAUUGCCCCUCAAAAAAGUGAGUAGUGAUUCAACAUAAUUAGUGAGUGGUUUCAAGCAGUUCUUGUGUUCCUGCGAAACGAAUCGUUCUGUGUGAUACAAUCGAUCAAAGUGCUAACUAAGGAAGGUCAACGGUUCAUCAACGAAAAUUAUUGCAUAUCGUUAGCGCGGAUAUUUUGGAACCCAUUCGGCAUCGACGGCAUCGCCGGCCUGGUCAUCAAUCAAAACUCCGCGAAGCAAUCGAGCGGAAAGGAACAUUCCAAACUUCAAACGAUCCCAUUAAUGGCAGCGUGAUAUCAUCAUCUAAGAAUCUCAUUAGAUAACACAAUCAAUGCAGACAUUUUGAACUUGCAGAUCCAAUUAUCAAGAUGUCGCGCUCAAACUUUCAGCGCUCGCAGAGCCGGGUGUUUUACGGGAACGCCGUGCCGGAUAAUCCGUUUUACGCGGGCGUUUUCGGAACGGGUGGGGGUCACUACUUCCACAACGCACAGCGGCCGCAGCAGCAGUUGAGGACGACCCUGCCGAGCAACUUCCAGGAGCUGGACGAGGAGGAGGAGCUAUCGCUGGAGCGAACGCCGGAAAAGCAGACCAGUGGCGUCGCCGGGAGUAGCGGUAAUGGAAGGGUCGGUGGGGGUUGGAGUGAGGCCAACCGGCAGGGAAGUCCAGCUAGUCACAAGAGUCAGGAUUCCGGAUUCUCCGACACGGAAGGAUCCCCGAACAUGCCAUCGAUCAACAGCAGCAGUACCAACAGUAGCGGUCGAAGCUGCAACGAGAACAAGUCGUCACCGGAGAAGUUGACGCCAAAGCGAACGAUCAACGAGCAGUUGUUUCAGCGAUCUCCAUCGAUCGGCAGUGAAGCACCGACUCCUCCAACAGUGAUCAGGAGGCCACCACCUCCAGAGCCAGCCCGUAACGAGCUGACGGUUCGUCGGAUAUCGUACAGCGAGCCAAGCUCGCCCGUCCCAAGCGUCGAUCUGAUCACCAAGAUCGACAGCCUUACCUUCAACAAUACGUCACCCCUGGACGCUAGUCAGCUGGACAGCUCGGGACCAUCGUCCCUGACGUCCCAGUCGUUGUGCCAUUGUCCGGCGCGCAGCAGCGGAAGCUCGCUGAAGCGCGGCCGUGUCCUCACCAAGUGCCUCCGGGUCAAGCGGAACCUCAACCAGGCGUUGCGAGACUCCGAGGAGGAGAUGAUCUCGCUCGAUAGCAGCGAGCUGUCCAACAUGCUGAGCCAGACGCUGUCCGGGGAUGUCAGCUUGGCGGCGUUGAAGACGCCGAAGGGUGAGUACAACAACGAGACGGUUGUGUUUGGGCAGGCUGAGGAAGUCCCGACGAGGGAUAAGGAGCUGCCUACCUAUGCGGAGCUCUACCCCAAUGGAACCUCCACUCCGAUCAUGUACCAACCAAAGUUCUACCGAUCCCUGCCCCCGACUCCCUCGAGAACGCAGCGAAGCGCAGUCAAGCUCCGUCCCACCAAACUGAUCGACAACUUCUACGAAGAGCCAGAUCUCGAUCACACCAACCGGCUGUCCACCGGCAACGAUCUGAACUUCACCCAGUACGAAAAUCCCCUCCUAAACGGUCACACCCCAGCUGUCCAGUCCUGGCUGGACUGCAUGCGGAUGUCCUACCAAAGCGAAGUCAUGUCCAUCCUGCAGACCAAGUCGAUCAGUGUAGAAGCAGCCCGGAACCUGAAAAUGACGUCUGCUACCGCGGUCAAACUAAUCCGACACCUCCAAACCAAGGUCGUUGCGCUGCAGGGUGAGUUCGAGAAGGUCGAGAAGGUGUUCGCCUCGAUCAAGCGCUACCAGCAGCAGCUUGACGAAGAGGACGAGGACGACGAGAAGGAGAUCUACGCUGCGGCUGCUCCGCUAGUGCAGAGCCUAGCCGCCAACAUCUACGAGUUUGUGCAGAAGCAGAAGUGCAACGACUACUUCGGAAAGGACAAGACGGACUUUAAAAAGUUCAAGGAGAACACUCAAUCCCUGGUGGACAUGGCUACCGAUCUGAGGAUCGCAGCCGCCAACGGUGAAGACUUCGACCAUCGAUCAGUCGAAGAGGAGAUUCAGAUCAUCAAGCGAUACUUCCUGAUCACGACCCGACUCAUCUUCAAGAACCUCGUCAAGGUGAUCGUGGACGCGAUCGAGGACUCCAGGUGCGAUCUCAUGCUCCGGUCAAACCUCAGCUACGUCGCCACACUCUCCAACCUCGACUACCAAGGACUCGCGUCCCUCAACGACGCCUUCAUCUCAAACGGAACCGUUCGAGCCCUGCUGAUUGUCUGCAUCGAGUCCAAGUUCUCCUCGAUCCGUGCGCUCGCACUGCGAGCCCUUGCAACGGUCUGCUCCACCUCGGAAACCAUUCGACAGCUGGAGAAGGCCGACGGGGUUGAAAUUCUACGCGACAUCCUGGCCGAUCAAAAGUCUUAUCAGCGAAGUGAGCCCGAGUUUCGGGAAGCGGUGUCCGUGUUGACCCAGAUUACGGCACCGUGGCACGGUGAGGAUCACCGGAUCGACGGGUUGAGGCAGCACGUGCACGCGAUCGUGGAAGCCGUGACGGAAAUCGUCGAAAAGACGACCUGCUGCCAAACGCUGCUGCUGUGCUCGGCCUGCCUGAACAACCUGACCCGGAUCGAGGUGACCUCGGUGUACGCCCUGAUGGCCCACGAGACCGCCCUCAAGCUGCGGCUGGCCGCCGACCGGCGGGGACCCAGCGCGUCAAUUUUCCUUUUCGAACAAAUCACCUCGAUGUUGUACAACAUGUCGUCCAACAAAAAGUCCCACCCCCACCUGGCGACCCGGCCCCUGGUCCUCUUCCUGGCGACCACAUUCCAGCAGCGAUUCCAGGAAAGCCAACGCCAAAACACCACCAGCCAGUCCAGUAGCCACGUCGAGGCCACGCGCAAAACCAUCCGGAACAUCCUGCACGUGCUGUCCCGGCUGGUGGCCAGCGGAACCAUCGGCGGGGACCUGCUCGAGGGGGUCGUGGGGCCCGUUUUCGGUCGUGUCGAGCGGACAAUCGACCGCAGCGGCAGCACCACCUUCCGGGAUAUCGCCGCGUUGAACCGGAAGCUUAACGAGGGCUUGAGGCCAACUGGGUCAGCGGAAGGAAGGGUGGCCACCAUGUCGGUUGUUCCGGUGAACCAGCAGCAUGUUACGCGGCUUACGAUCGAACGGCAGCCGAACGGGGCGGUCGUCAUUUUGGACCAGCAGGAGCGGCAGGAGAGCUUUGUUUGAGAGUUGUAUUACGGCGUUCCACCCCAGUGAAGAUUAAUCGAUGAUUUCACCUUUUCAAAUCUCGAGUCGUAAUCAGAUUCAACAGUUUACGUCAACCUUAGGAGUUCACGAGCUUUCAACUGAUGAAUUAUUUAGAUUAUUCAACGUAACUGUUCGUAACUUGGGAAACGCAACUCCGAAAAGCAGGUCUUCAUUACCGGAUAGAUUAGUGCGGAAAGGAUAACGAACCUUUGUCAAUUAAAAUGAUUGAAAAGAUUUAUCUUUUAGAGUGCCAAAAUGUUACAACGAUAAGAGAGGUGCCAUAGCGAAGAGUACUUAAUGAUUCACGACUAAGACAGGAAAGAUACGUUGAAUCAAGUUAGAAUUACCACUUUCAAGGUUUAGGAAUAAUCGAGUCAGCGAGUUUAACUUUUAGUGUUCUAAUAUAUUCGUGUUACUUUGUAAAAAAAAAAACUAAAAAUUGAAUGUCAGAGUUUUAAUAUAUUUCCGGAACCAAUCAUUAAUUUAUUAUUCAUUAAUGUAACAAGUACAGAAUUACUUAAGAAUCACAGUAUUUGACCAAUAAACUAAAUAUUGUAAUGCAAAACCAAUUAAAA